GUCGCCGGGCUCCGAGAGGCGUAGCGCCGCCCUCCCGUCACCGGGGGUGGGGCUACGUGUGGGUGACGUGGCGGCUCCUAGUCUUUGGUCGGAUUUCGGCGGAUUCGGCGCUCGGGGAGGAGGCGGUGACCACCCAGGAGACUGUGGCAGUGGUGGCGGCGGCAGGCGGCAGAGAGGAGUGGCCCUGGUCCCUCCCCCUCCCAACACCAUGUCCUGCCGAGAUCGGACCCAGGAGUUCCUGUCUGCCUGCAAGUCCCUGCAGAGCCGUCAGAAUGGAAUCCAGACAAAUAAGCCAGCUCUGCGUGCUGUCCGGCAGCGUAGCGAAUUUACCCUCAUGGCCAAGCGCAUUGGGAAAGACCUCAGCAACACAUUUGCCAAGCUGGAGAAGCUGACAAUCUUGGCAAAGCGCAAGUCUCUCUUUGAUGAUAAAGCAGUGGAAAUUGAAGAGCUAACUUACAUCAUCAAACAGGACAUCAAUAGCCUCAACAAACAAAUUGCCCAGCUUCAGGAUUUUGUGAGAGCCAAAGGCAGCCAGAGCGGCCGGCACCUGCAAACCCAUUCCAACACCAUUGUGGUUUCCUUGCAGUCAAAACUGGCCUCGAUGUCCAAUGACUUCAAAUCAGUUUUAGAAGUGAGGACAGAGAACCUGAAGCAGCAGAGGAAUCGGCGGGAACAGUUCUCCCGGGCACCUGUGUCAGCCCUGCCCCUUGCCCCCAACCACCUGGGGGGCAGUGCUGUGGUUUUGGGAGCAGAGUCCCGUGCUUCUGGGGAUGUGGCCAUUGACAUGAUGGACUCUCGGACCAGCCAGCAACUACAACUCAUCGAUGAGCAGGAUUCCUACAUCCAGAGUCGGGCAGACACUAUGCAGAACAUCGAGUCCACAAUUGUCGAGCUGGGCUCCAUCUUUCAGCAGUUGGCCCACAUGGUCAAGGAGCAGGAAGAAACCAUUCAGAGGAUUGACGAGAACGUGCUGGGCGCCCAGCUGGAUGUUGAGGCUGCCCAUUCAGAGAUCCUCAAGUACUUCCAGUCAGUCACCUCUAACCGGUGGCUCAUGGUCAAAAUCUUCCUCAUCCUCAUUGUCUUCUUCAUCAUCUUUGUGGUCUUCCUUGCCUGAACCCUCUCAACUCUGAGGCACUCUGAGCGGGUUUGGAACCCCUUUGGGAGGGUGGCGGGUGGCCAUUGCUGCCACUGAGCCUGUGCAGGGUGCUUGGGAGGAAGGCCCUGUUUCCCUGGGACUGCUGAGAAUGGCCAAUGCCCCUGACCCUUUGACUCUGGCCACCCUGUCCUCCCCUCACCACCCUCAGGCCCUCGAAACACACACAGUUCUGGAUGUGUACUCUGCUGUGAAGUGGCUGGAAGGGAGCAGAGGCCAACUAGGGGCUGGUAGGGGAGGUUGUCUCCACUAGGUAGGAGAUUUUUAGAAACUCCCCAACCUCUUCCAAAGGAAACUUUGGCAGCAAGGGGAGAUGAUGCCCUUCCCCUUCCUGAGAGUGAGGAAAGGAAGUGAAACUGCCCCCGGGACCAACUUUCCCAUCUGGGUUAGAAUUUGACCUCUCUCUUCUUCCUCUCUCCACUACGUGAGGCAGGGGGCCCUGAGCCCCUCAGCUGCCUGCACAACCCCACCUUUGGCUGCUGGUGACUCUCAAUCUGCCAAAUGCGCUGCAGCCCAUUUUCUCCCAAUUACAGCAAGACUGUCAGCCUCAUUA